CUUCACUUAAACAAAGACUUUGGUUUGGUCUCAAAGGUUACUUGCAAGGCAUAAGAAAUGUGUAAAGCCUCUUUUCUCUCGCCUCGCUCUAUUAUAUAUACCUCUACUUUAGAUUUCAUCAAUCAUCAUCAUUCCUUCUUACAUCAAAUCAAUUCCUAAAAUCAGAGAAAAACAGAGGGACAAAGGAAACAACUUCAAAGAUAUGGAGAUCAAAGUUGACGAAGGUCAUCAAAAAGGUACUAAAGAAGACAUUACAAGGCCACUUCUUGAAGAAGACAAAGACUUCCCGGAUAUAGAAAGAACGACAUGGAUACAAAAGGCAAUAGGUCAAACAUUUCAAACCACUGCUCAUUUAGCUAAUCUCUUACCAACAGGAACCGUUCUCGCGUUUCAGCUUCUAUCGCCAAUUUUCUCAAAUGGCGGUCAAUGCGAUUUAGUGAGCAAGAUAAUGACAUCGACACUGGUAGCAAUAUGUGGAUUCUCUUGCUUCAUACUUAGCUUCACAGAUUCUUACAAAGACAAAAACGGUACUAUUUGCUAUGGACUUGCAACAAUCCAUGGGUUUUGGAUCAUUGAUGGAUCCACAACUCUUCCUCAAGAGUUAUCUAAGAGAUAUAAGCUAAGAUUUAUAGAUUUUGUUCAUGCUUUCAUGUCGUUAUUCGUGUUUGGUGCGGUGGUUUUAUUCGAUCGAAAUGCGGUAAAUUGUUUCUUUCCAUCACCGUCAGCAGAAGCAUUGGAAGUUCUUACAGCUUUGCCGGUAGGCGUAGGGGUGUUUUCUAGUAUGUUGUUUGCAACAUUUCCUACAACACGCAAUGGGAUUGGUUUUCCACUUUCUAGUAAAUGAUAUCAAUAUGCUGUUUUUUUUUAAUAUCAAUAUGUUAUUAUUAUUUGUAAGGUUGUUUUUUAUAUAUAACUUGUGGUUCAACAUUCUUUUUUGAUGAUCUCUUGAAAUAGACUGUUCCAAAAACCAUGUGAACUAUUUAUGGUGAAUAUGUAUUAAUAUUACUUGUAUGACAAUGAGUUUUAUCCGGAAAUAUCCAAAAACAAAUACGUCUUCUUUUUUCUUGUGGACAAA